CUGACAUUUCGCCCACAUCUGUGGCAGGCAUCCUCAGAGGUUGUGAGGUCUGUUGGAAACUAGGCAAGUGGGGUAUAUGUAUCCGUGGAAUAAUGUCCAGGGUGGGAGAAAGAACUUUUGUCUGCUUGAGGCAAAUAUGAAUGUUGCCAUUGGUCACCUUGAUUAGCAUUAAAUAGCCUUGAAGCUUCAAUGUCUGGCUGCUCUCUGCCUGGCGUAAUCCUUUGUUGGGAAGUGUUAACUGGCCCUGAUUAAUUCAUGUCUGGAAUUCCUCUGUUUUCUGAGUGUUGUUCUUUCAUUGCUGUCCUGAUUUUAGAGUUUUUUUUAAUACUGGUAGCCAGAUUUAUUUCAUUUGCAUGAUUUCUUCCUUUCUGUUGAAAUUGUCGACAUGUGGAUUUCAGUGGCUUCUCUGUAUAGUCUGACAUGGUGGUUGACUUGUUAGAGUGGUCCAGCAUUUCUGCAAUUUGCAAUUUUGGGCCGAGAUAUCCCGUCUAACCUGUAGGUGGCACUGUGGCGCCAGGGACUGGGGGCAAGAACAUUACUAGAUCUACAUUAGAAACAACGGAGGGGAGGAGUUGGAAUGUUUAGAGUGAGUGCUGAUUGGUGGAACGCCGGAGAAAAUUUGCAUAUCGCUACUGAUUGGUAGUCGGGAUAGAAAGACAGUCCGCCCCCUCAUGCAGACUGGCUUCUGGGAAAGAGACCCCAGUUUCCUCGGCUGUCACUCUCGGCCUUGGCCCUUCCCUUUCCGGUUCUCCUUGCUCUCUUACUGGCUGCCUCACGUGGCCAUGCCCUUUCCGGCUAUUUGUGCCUGCCUCUUUCUAAUGUAGUGUGGAUUGCUGCAGCUCUCUCAGAAAAAUCUGAAAUUGGUGGAAAAUCUUGUUGAAAUGAUGGCAGGGCAAGACUUGGGAAAAGACCCUCCUUCCAUUCAGGAUAAGCUUAGUGGGGUCUUCUGGGAAAGAACCACACAGAAAAGCAUGGGAGUGGAAAUGCUCCGUGUGGAUGGACAGCGUCAGAGCUUCACACAGUUCUGCUACAAGGACACAGAGAGGCCCCGAGAACUUUGCAGCCAGCUACACCUUCUCUGCCGCCAGUGGCUCCAGCCAGAAAGACACACCAAGGCGGAGAUGAUGGAUCUGGUGGUGCUGGAGCAGUUCCUGGCCGUCCUUCCUGCGGAAAUGGCGCACUGGGUGAGGGAAUGCAGGGCAGAGAGCAGCGCCCAGGCCGUGGCCCUGGCCGAAGGAUUCCUCCUUAGCCAAGCAGAGGAAGACAGGGAGAUCAAAGAGCAGCAGGACUUGUUUGUGGAACCGAUGACCGAGGCAAUGAAUUGUCCAUCUGAGAUCAAGUCCGAAAUCAUGCUGGACAGUGACAGCUUCUCCACUGCAUCAGGAGAAGGAAUGAGCCCAUCUCUUGAUUUUGAUGCUCUUGGUGAAGCUUCAGUGGGGCUGAAUCAGGUGACCUUUGAGGAAGUGGCUGUGGAUUUCACGGAGGAGGAGUGGGCUCUGCUGGACCCGGGUCAAAGGGCUCUUCAGAUGGAAGUCAUGGAAGAGAAUUUCAGGCUCUUAUUCUCUCUGGGUGGUGGUGGGCAAUUAGAGGAGAAUGACGGAGAACCAAGUAGGCAGUUGUUCGAAAGCAUAAAAUGUAAACAGAUGGAAAGGAAAGAAAGAAAUCCUGUUGUUCAUUGGAAGGGGAGCAAUUCUCAGACUGGAGAGGUCUCUGCAGUCUCAGUCUCAGAAAUAAUUCAAAGAGUAAUGGAAAGAAACGGAUGCCUACUUUGUGGAAGAAGUUUCAGUUGUAAACAAAACCUUGAUUCUCACAUGAGAACUCACACAGGAGAAAAGCCAUUUCAGUGCUUGGAGUGUGGAAAGAGGUUCAGCCGCAAGUCGAUCCUCAUUAGUCAUGGAAGAGUUCACACACGGGAGAAACCAUUUGAAUGCUUGCAGUGUGGAAAGAGCUACAGCCGGAGGACGUAUCUUGCAUGUCAUGAAAGGAUCCACACAGGAGAGAAACCAUUUCAGUGCUUGGAGUGUGGAAAGAACUUCAGGCACAAAGCCAACCUUACAUGUCAUGAAAGAAGCCACACAGGAGAGAAACCCUUUAAAUGCUUGCAGUGCGGAAAGAGCUACAGCCGGAGGACGUACCUUACGUGUCAUGAAAGAAGCCACACAGGAGAGAAACCCUUUAAAUGCUUGGAAUGCGGAAAGAGCUACAGUCGGAAAACGCAACUUACAUAUCAUGAAAGAAUCCAUACAGGAGAGAAACCGUUUGAAUGCAUGCAGUGUGGAAAGGCUUUCAGUCAAAAGGCAUUUCUUGUUUCCCAUCAAACUGUCCACACUGUGGAGAAGCCAUUUCAGUGCUUGGAGUGUGGAAGAAGCUUCAGCCAAAAGACAACACUCCUUCGCCAUCAAAGAGUCCAUACAGGAGAGAAACCAUUUCAGUGUUUGGAGUGUGGAAGGAGCUUCAGGCAGAAGGCGAAUCUCACUUGUCAUCAAAGAGUUCAUACAGGGGAAAGGCCGUUUCAGUGCUUGGACUGUGGAAGACGCUUCAGUUUGAAGUUGAGCCUCACUUACCAUCAAAGAGUUCACACUGGGGAGAAACCAUUCAAGUGCUUGAAGUGUGGGAAAAGUUUCCGCCAUAAGGUAUCCCUCAUUUCUCAUCAUGCAUCUCACACAGUGAAAGAAACAAUCAAAUAGCUGGAUUAUGGAAAGAGCUUCAGGCAGAAGACAGACCUACAUUGUUCCAAAACGUUCAUACAGGAGAGAAGCCGUUUCAUUGCUUAGAGUGUGGAAAACAGUUUGGGCAGAGAUUACACCUGACUUGUUAUCAACGACUUUAUUCAGUCAAGAAACCAAGAACAUUUUUACAUGACGCUCUAAAACCAGGUUCUAGAAUUACAAACCCAUCUUGCUUGAACUGAAGCAUUCCCUAAUACCCACUGUUCUUAUCGUAUCAAUUGUUUAUACAAGUUGAAGUGGCUUUUAUACCACAGGUGCUGGGACAUAAAUCUUCCCAACCCAUGUAUUGCCCCUCUUCCUAAAUGCUCCUUUAUUUUAUCAAAGUCUGAAAGAAUUGCACCACUGCAAGAGUUAAGAAUUUCACAUGAUCAAGCUUCUUUCUCUAUAAAGCAGGGUUUGCAGUUGCCUAGUCAAUACUUCUGCAUUUUCACAGUACACAAGCAUUGUCUCUAUGAACACUUACACUAUUAAUAAAAAUGAAGAUGCGUUUUACAAUUAUAAUCUCUUUCCUCAUUUGUGUACUCUGCAAGUAGGACGCUUAUAUUUGAUUGGCCAGCUUUGUUUAGCAACAUACAAGUAUGCACAAACUGGACGUUUUGCAAAAUGAACUUGCGUACAGAAAUGAAACAAUUAAGAAGGGAAAACCAUAUCAGUUCCUAUAAUUAUCUGCAAAGCUGCACAGUUGCUUGACCUGAAGAAAUGUUACAAGAGGAAGAAAAUGGGCUGAAACUGGGAACUAUCACCUUUGCAACCAGAGGUCUUCUUGGUCUGCCUAUUAGAAGUUGAAAUGACAGCAGAUUGGGAACAAUGAAGUACAGAGGACCGAAGGAACAUCCAUGACACACCUAUGGUCAGGCGCCCUCAAUCCAGAGUGCUUUCAGAUUAUCGCAUGGCUGUAAACAUUUUGAACACCAAUUCAACAUGCUUUCAACACCCUAAAAUGGAUUUCUGUUUACAGAAAACUACCACUUCAACAUGAGUAGAAGACUGAUUUACUCAGUGUUUACAAUGAUGCUGUGUGAUGGUUUUCAUUUGCGGCUCGGGAGCUUCGAGCACUUGCUAAAGUCUACUGCAAUAAUAUUCCAAGUAAAGCCCUGACUAUGGAAAGAAAGGCUGGAAGAGAGGGACUUUGGUUGUCAUUAGGGAGACCAUUUGAAUGCUCAAAGUAUGGAUAAAGUUUAACUCAGAAGGUGCACUUCACAUUAGCAAAGACCUCGUGUAGGUGGUAAAAAUCUGUGAAUGCUUGCAGCUUAGAAAAAACUUCACUUAUAUCUCAUUUAUCAUGAAAAUGUUCACACAAGUGGUAAACUAUUUUAAGGUGUGGAAGAAGCUUCCAUAGGAAAAUGCACUUCACUCAUCAACAAAAGCUUCACACGAGAGAAACCAUGUAAAUGCUUUGAGAGUGAGAAGAGUUUCCAGCAGAAGUCACAUCUCAUUCACCAUCAAAUAACUAACACAGGAGAGAAACUAUUUAAAUGCUUACAAUGUGGAAAGCACUUCAAACAUUACUCAUUUCCAAUCAAACUAUUCACACAGGAGAUACGAAGUGUGGAAGAAACUUCCUUUGAAAGGCAGAUCUUACUUAUCAUCAAAGAGUUUAUACAAGAGAGAUGCUUGGAGUGUGGGAAAACUUUCAGUCAUAAGAUAUCCCUCAUUAGUCAAACAGCGCAUUCGGGGAGACACCAUGUAAAUUCUUGGACUGUGGAAAUUCAGAAGAAGGACUUCACUCGCCAUCACAGAAUUUGUACAGGAGAGAAACCAUUUGAAUGCUCAGAGUUUGGAAAGGGCUUUAGUUGGAAGAUGCCCCCACUUGUCAUCAAAGAAUUCAUAUCAGGAAAAGCUUCAGAGUGUGGGAAGCACUUCAGUCAGAAGAUACACUUGAUUUGCUAUCAAGCAACUCACAUAAAGGAGUAUACAUUCAAAUCAGGAGUGAGCAGAGGCGGCCUGAACAUUAGAUUUUGGCCUGCUUUGUUGCCCCUUAUUUACCAUCAAGGAAUUUGCACAGUAGCCAUUCAAAUCAGGAAUGUGCCAACAAUAGAGCUGAGGUGUCCCUGGUUCCUGUCACCCGAUUUUGGGUUGCUUUGGUACCUCUGAGCACUGCUGAUUGUUGUCAUGGCUGUCAUAUUGGAAGAGACAUUGCAUCUGCCAUUUGGGACAAAUGGAAGUGCCAUUCCUGUUUUCUUUGGAGACAUUAUGGUGAGAAAUCUUUCCCAGUUUUUGGGUGACUGAAAGCUUGAUACAGUAUUUAACAGUCCAAUUUAGGCAGUAAAACAGAGUGGUAGGACCACUGUUAAGGGUUAGUAAGAGUCCUAGAGGCCGUGUUGGUUCUCCUAAAUAUCAGGUGGCCUGAAGGUCCUACAGUUCUUAUGUUCUUAAAUGCUUGGAGUAUGGAAAUAAUUUAUCUAAAAGAUAGUCCUUAUUUUUCAUCAAGGAACUCAUACAGAGACUAUCUUUAAGCACUGAAUGUGUAAGAAGAGGGCAUGGGGAUGGGGAUUAUAGUGAUGAUAGUGAUAAUUUUAUUUGUUACCCAUCUCUCCUCAUGGCUUGAGGCAGGGCACAACAUAAUUAAAAUACAUGCAUAAAACAGAAGACUGUAAAAAUACAUGUAUUAAAAACACAGAACAAAGAUUAAAAUACCAAUACUUAUAAAAUGUAAAUUUGAAAUUCAUAGUUUGAAAUUGGCAGAGUAGACCUGUUGGAAGAAAUAGGUUUUUAAUUACGUCUUACAUUCUGACAACUCAUUUAGUCGUCAGAUUUCUUCCAGCAGGUCACGCCACAGUCUUGGGGCAGAUAAUGAAAAGGUUCUCUGUGUGAAAGUCACCAGUCAGGUUCUGACUGGUUGGAAUAAAUGCCCCCAGAGGACCUAAAGUGUCAUAAGGAGCAGAUUGUAUGGGAAAAGGCAAUCCUGUAGGUAACCUGGACCCAAACCAUGUAGGGAUUUAAAGGUCAAAACCAGCACUUUGCCCCAAAACUAAUUAGCAGCCAGUGGAGUGACUUUAAUAAUGGUGAAAUAUGCUCACUCCUGGAUGUUCCUGCAAGUCAGUGGUUCUCAACCUGUGGGUCUCCAGAUGUUUUGGCCUUCAACUCCCAGAAAUCCUAACAGCUGGUAAACUGGGAUUUCUGGGAGUUGUAGGCCAGAACACUUGGGGACCCACAGGUUGAGAACCACUGCUGUAACAAGUCUGAUUGUUGUGUUUUGAACUAAUUGGAGCUUCCAAACUUGGUACGGAGAUAGCACAAUGCACAGCGCAUUGCAGAACCUUGAGGUGACCUGUGCCCUUCCAAAUUUAGGAAGGGCACAGCUAGCAUAUUGGCUGAAGCUGGUAGUUAGCCCUCCUGACUGUCGCAUCUACCUGACAUUUGGAGGGAUGGAUAUAGGGUCCCUUCCAUGAUGCAAACAGUCUUUUGGGGGAGUGUAACACCAUCCAGAACUGGUUGACACACUUCCAUCCCCAGAUUAGGACCCUUGAUGACAAGCACCUCUGUUUUGUCUGGAUUCAGUUUCAGUUUGUUUUUCCUCAUCCAGCCUAUUACGUCCUCCAGACAUUCAUUCAGAGGAAACACACUAUACUUAGCUGAGGCUGUUUUUGAAGGCAUGGAAAAAUAUAUUUAGGUGUCAUCACUGCUAACACCCCACCUCAUGUCUCUGGUUUCAAAAGCCGCUAAGAAAUCUAGAAGCACCAAGAGGGCCACACUCGCCCUGUCAGUCUUGAGACUGAGAUCAUCCACUAAGACAGUGGUUCUCGACUUGUGGGUCCCAGGUUUUUUGGCCUACAACUCCCAGAAAUCCCAGCCAGUUUAUCAGCUGUUAGGAUUUCUGGGAGUUGAAGGCCAGAACAUCUGGGGACUCACAGGUUGAGAACCACUGCUAAGAUGAUCUGUCCUGAAGUCUGUUUGAAAUGGUUCAAGGAAAUGUGUGUCAUCCAAGACUUUCUGGAGCUGGACAGAAACUGCCUUCUCAAUCACUUUGCUCAUAAAAUGAUAUUUUAAAUUGUAAGUCGCUCGGAGCACUCUGGUGGAGAGUGACUAAUUAAGAAAUAAAGUGAAGUGAAAAGGAAGGUAGAGACUGGUUUGUAGCUAUUAAGGUCCAGCGGAUACAGGGAGGACUUUGGAGUAUUUAGUUAAUUGUCCUAACUGAUGGUAGGUUUGUGGAAUUCACCAAUCUGAACCAGCAUCAAGUAGAGAACACUAUUAGCACUUACAAAGUCUGUACCUUAACUGUCUCGAACAAUAUGCCUUUUCUCUCCACAAUGCUGGAAGGGUUAUAAAGACAAGAGAUUUAAGGUUUAGAUGUGGUUGGGAUGCAAUGAAGUUAAAAAUGGGGACUGAUGUGGUAAAAGUCCUAUCAGUUAUGCUAAAUAAAAAAAAUCAAAUGUACUGAAUUUUUUAAAAUGACCUAUUCUGAAGCUCUUCUUUUUAUAUUCAAAAGGCCUAAUUCAUCACUUUAAUAUUAACUUUUUAAUUUUCUUGCGAGCAGCAUGCUUAGAAAUUACAAAGCAUUGAAACUUUGUAAGUAAGGGGUUUUUUUUCCUAAAUAAAAAAGAUUAUGGUCCUUAACUCUGGUAGUAAAACUAACUUAUCAGAGAAGAACAUCAAAAGGGCAAACAGGAGUUUUGAUUUUGUAUCAAUGUAUAGGAUAUACAGAGUUCAAAACCACAUAAUUUGAACUUCUGGAAUAAUGCUUAAACUUUUAGAUCAAUCCAUUUUAGUAACUUUACAGUUAGAGAAUAGAUAUAUAAAGAUACUGAUAUUAAUGUGAUAGAUGUUGCAAUGGAGAUUAAUACUAUAUUGUUGAUUUGUUUUAGGUUCUUGUUUUCCUGUUUCUUUUCUUUCUGUAACUGUACAGUUACCCUGGCCUUUUUUGUUAUCAAGUUUAUGUAGUAUGUCAAGAUGAAAUAAAUUUUCAAAAAAAUA